CAAGGAAUUAAAUUUUAAAAUGGACCUAUUUGAGAAUCCGAAGUUGUCGACUAAGCUUAUAAAUCAUUUUGAUUAUAGUUCAUUUGUAAAUGUUGAACCUACUUCAACAGCGAUUAACGUUAAGAAAGCUUACUUAAGAAAACUUGAUAAAAAUGUCGCUCUUAAGUAUUUAAGAGAUGAUAAGUAUAAGAAUGUCGAUGAGUAUUAUGAGAAUUUUGCCAGAGAGGUACAAAGCUUGAACAAAUUAAAACUUGUUAAUAGCGAGUAUAUAGUCAAGUUUAUGGGUAUUGGCAAAGGUAUAUUUUAUUAUUUGUAA